AUGGACAGACUGACCCACCUAAAUGAGUACGCUAAAAUUUUCCACUUUGGUACCGAUCAAAGGCCACGAGAGGAGAAGCACUGUGGAGAGAAGCACGAUGCAAAGUGCUCCGAGAAGGAAAGGCAUUAUUCAAAGGUGGAAGGAAAAAAUGCCUUCAUAUCGCCAUCAAACAGUGUAGACGCGAGAGGCGCGUCCAGAAAGUUACACCCGUGCAGGGAGAGCAAAAAUGAAUACCAGGCAAAGAGAGUACGCAAAACAAAUGAAUACCACCAGUUCGGGAGUGAAAUACCCUCCUCCACCUUGAGCUUAACACCAGAAGGUCACAAAAAUUUGAAUCACGCAUAUUAUGAAAUGAAGAGCAGCCACACCAGAAAGACCCUAAACUCUUGUCUAGAACAAGUUUCUAUAUGCAAGAGGUGCUACUUGAACGAGUUGCACGAAAGGAAGAGAAGGACUGCAGUUUAUACAUUAGAGUUUAAUAAUCUGGUCGACUCUGAACCUGUGAGUGGACAUCAUUUAGUGAAGAGGAAUGCAACCCUUGCGCAUGGCUUGAAACACAAGAAUAAGUAUCAUCAGGAGUGCUCUUCUACGGAAAGAAAUAAACGAGUAAUGAUCGUGGAGAAGCUGCCAGAACAAAUCUCGCAGAAGAAAAUUUUUCUCCAAUUUUUGAACUCCAUUUUUAGCGUAAAUUAG